CAUCUAAUGAUAAAUAACCAGUAUUUUCAUAGCCACAUUGGAUGUGAUGUCACAAAAGCCAACAACUUUUUUUUAAAGGUACGUCAGUAUAGAAAUAAUAUUUUCCACUCAAGCAGCAUGGAAUUAGAAGAAAGUGAGGCCAAUUCAUAUAUUGACGAUAUGAUAGCAGUUUUACAAGAUGGUAAAGAGCUAUUACAACAACCAGAUGCCCAGAUAGCAGUGAAUAAACUUCAAGAUCUGAAGAAGAAAGAUUUCAUUAUUACCACUGAAAGCUUUGAUGAAAUUCUAAGAGAAAUUAAGGAAGAACUGGCAAAAAUUCUGAAAUCGACAGAAAGUGCUGCAACUAAAGAAGAAUAUGAUGAUCUGAAGAAGAAGCUAAUAGACCUUGAAGCCAAGAUGUCUGGUGAAAAGGAGGGAAAGCUGGAAAUUGAAAAAGAACUUGAAGGACUAAAGAAAACAAUAAAAGAACUUGAAUUCCAAAUGUCUCAGGAAACACUUGAGAAAGCCGAAUUGAAAAAGAAAUUUACUGUUCUAGAGAUACUUGUAUCAGAACAGAAAGAGGUAAAACAAAUUUCCUUCUGUUUGUUAACUAAAAUGAGCCGCGUCACGACAAAACAAACAUAAUGUGUUUGCGACCAGUGUGGAUCCAGACCAGCCUGCGCAUCCGCGCAGUCUUAUCAGGAUCCAUGCUGUUCGCUUACAAACCCUAUAACAAGUAGAGAAACUGAUAGCGAACAGCAUGGAUCCUGAUCAGACUGUGCGGAUGCGCAGGUUGGUCUGGAUCCAUGCUGGUCGCAAACCCAUUAUGUUGGUUUUGUCGUGACGCGGCUCAAGUGAUGUAUGUUAAGCGUAUACAUGUAUAUAGACAUCUUUCCAUUAAAGAAGGUCAAGACAUGAUAGGUAAUUGUAAAGAAAUUACUUUAUGAUUUAAGUUCUUGUAGUAAUAUACUUUAAAUUACUUUAUGAUUUAAGUUCUUGUAGUAAUAUACUUUAAAUUACUUUAUGAUUUUAGUUAUUGUGGUAAUAUACUAAUAAAUUACUUUAUGAUUUAAGUUCUUGUGGGCCAUGUGGUAAUAUACUUUUAACUGAAAAAAAAAAAAACCAGAUUUAUCCCAUGUACAAUGGGUACAAAAUGUAUAUAGCCUUAAUUAUCCAAUGCUUACAAAUAUUGUUGGAAUUUUUAAAAGUAAAUUUUCCAAAAUCCCCGUAUGAAAAAAAAAAGUUUUAGCAUAUUUCCUGAAAAGCAUAUGGCACAUGCAGAAACUCCUUGCUUAAAGGGAUAUUCAGGCAAAAAAUCAUAAUGAUCUUAUGUACUCAAAUCACGCUAAAAUGACAUUUCUUAAAGUCCCAGCAUGAAAUUCUGUUUUAAUUUUAUUUAUUUUUGGUUUAACGCGUAAAUUUAUCUAUAUAUGUUUAACAAAAUUUAGAAGCCAACAGAAUCACUGAAUAGUUUAAAGACAAGUCGUGUGACUUGAACAAACUCUUGAAGUUACAAUAACAGAUAUUGUGGAUAUUGUAUGAUAGAAACAAGUGUAAGUCAUUCAUUUGACAUGUUCUUUAAUGUUUCCAGAGUUCACUGUGCCAACUAUUGUGAAAUCUUAGCGCACUAACCUGACCCAUGCGGGUCAAGUUAGGAAACCACCAUUCUAUUCUUUAUAUGGAGAAAAGUUAUGUUCCUUUGACUGUCUUAUGUAUUCAUUUUGAGGGCAUUUACAGAAUAAUGAAUGGAAAAAAAAACAAAGUAAGAAAUUAAAAUGUUGCCUUUGUCCCCCUUUAAAGGCCAAAACUCAUUAAAAAAAGGUCAAACUUAAAAGUUGAAUAUAGCUAUUCUUACCCUGAUGAAGGUCAAACAUAUAAGGUUUAAUGUAAGCUGGCUGAGCUUCCUAAUGGUGAAGGUCACAUUUAAAAGGUUUAAUGUUAGCUAUGCUUACGCAUCAUUUAAUGUAAGCAGUUCUUGCUCAUGGUGAUGGUCACACUUAAAGAUUAAAUGUUAGCUAUGCUUGUUCAUAGUGAAGAUAACACUUAAAGUUUUAUGAUAGCUAUGCUGGCUUAUGGUGAUGAUCCCACUUAAAAUGUUAGCUAUCCUUGUUCAUAGUGGAGAUCACACUUACAGGUAAAAAUGUAAGCUAUGCUGGUUCAUAGUGGAGAUCAAACUUACAGGUAAAAUGUUAUCUAUACUGGCUCAUGAUGAAUAUCCAACUUAAAGGUUAAAUGUUAGUUAUGCUUGCUCAUGAUGAAGAUCACAUUUAAAGGUGGAAUGUUAGCUAUGCUUGAUCAUGGUGAAGGUCACACUAAAAGGUUAAAUGUUAGCUAUGCUUGCUCAUCGUGAAGGUCACACUUAACGGUUAAAUGUUAGCUAUGCUUGCUCAUGGUGGAGAUCACACUUACAGGUUAAAUGUUAGCUAUGCUUGCUCAUGGUGAAGGUCACACUUAAAGGUUGAAUGUUAGCUAUGCUUACUCAUGGUGAAGAUCACACUUAAAGGUUAAAUGUUAGCGAUGCUUGUUCAUGGUGAAGGUCACACUUAAAGGUUAAAUGUUAGCUAUGCUUACUCAUAGUGAAGAUCACACUUAAAGGUUAAAUGUUAGCUAUGCUUACUCAUGGUGAAGAUCACACUUAAAGGUUAAAAGUAAGUAUGCUUGUACUAAGUGAAGGUCACACUUAAAGGUUAAAUGUUAGCUAUGCUUGUACUUAGUGAAGGUCACACUUAAAGGUUAAAUGUUAGCUAUGCUUACUCAUGUUGAAGAUCACACUUAAAGGUUAAAUGUAAGUAUGCUUGUACUUAGUGAAGAUCACACUUAAAGGUUAAAUGUUAGCUAUGCUUGUUCAUGGUGAAGGUCACUCUUAAAGGUUAAAUGUAAGCUAUGCUGGUUAAAUGUAAGAUUUGCUUGCCCAUAAUGAAGAUCACACUUAAAGGUUAAAUGUUUGCUAUGCUUGUUCAUAGUGAAGAUCCUACUUAAAGGUUAAAUGUAAGCUAUGCUGGUUAAAUGUAAGAUUUGCUUGCUCAUAAUGAAGAUCACACUUAAAGGUGAAAUGUUAGCUAAGCUGGUUCAUGGUGAAGGUCACUCUUAAAGGUUAAAUGUAAGCUAUGCUGGUUAAAUGUAAGAUUUGCUUGCUCAUAAUGAAGAUCACACUUAAAGGUGAAAUGUUAGCUAUGCUUGUUCAUAGUGAAGAUCACACUUAAAGGUUAAAUGUAAGCUAUGCUGGUUAAAUGUAAGAUUUGCUUGCUCAUAAUGAAGAUCACACUUAAAGGUGAAAUGUUAGCUAAGCUGGUUCAUGGUGAAGGUCACAUUUAAAAGUUUAAUGUCAGCUAUGCUUGCUCAUUGUUAAGGUUACACGUAAAGGUUAAGUAUGAUAUCUUGUUUGUUAUGUUAGCCUUAGGGUUUGCCUUACCUAUCGAAUGAUUUUCUUCAAUCAUUGCUUAGUUUACACAAUUCAGCACUGAUAAAUGUUGAGAUUGUUGUCCAGGGACAAAUUUUGUUUCAAAAUAAGGUAUAGUACUAUGAACUUUGAUAAUCAUGUUGAUAAUUUUAGCUUCAAAUUUGUACAACUUAGAAACAUUCUUUGAGAUUAUAAAAUGUGAUCCAAUGACCUACUCCUAAAUUGCGGAGCAUUUUCUUACAAAGAAUUUUGGGUGAGUGAUUAACCCAUUACCCGAUAUACACGCCUUAAAACGUCUUUUUCACCCCCCCUUAUUGUUGUCUCAAAUGGUGAAAACAAUGCCUUAUUUAGGCUCUCAACACUUGUUUUUGUUUGAGAAAAGUUGUUUAAAUAAAAAAGUGACCCACUUUUCGGCAAGGCCCCCCCCCAACCAAAAGAUACAUCAGGGGUUGCCAGAAGCGGGAUGUGACCCCUUUUGUUUGGGGGUUUGAAGGUGGGCGGCAGUCCCCCUCAUCGCCAAGAAAAUGUUGGACAUGUGACAGGCUAAAACUGACCCCAGAUCGAUCAUGAGGUAACGUGUAACCUACGCUGAAAAGAAUUUGACUUUAUCUCAAUUCAUUGAGAAGUUGCAGCACUUUCAAAUCAAUUUUGAUGGAAAAAAUCAAUGCAAAAUAGUGAUUUUUUGGCAAUUUUGAGAUGUCUCCUUGUUGCCAUGGUAACAGGAAAUUUAAGCCUGGGAAUGUUGUUACAAAGGCAAUGGUUGAGUCAACAUUUGUACCAAGUUUGAUUAGUAUUGAAGAAGUUUAUAUAGUUUUAUAGCAAUUUGAACUUGUAACGGGAGACUUUUCAAUAAAAACAGCCAUUUUUUCAGAAAAUGCUCAUGAAGUAAUGGGUUAAAUAAGGUGAUCAUAAUGGUUAUUAUGCUAAAAUAUAAAAAUGAAAUAAAAUAUGUACACAAUUCUGUACAUACCUUUGGGCAUUAAAUACUAUUU